ACGCAGCUCGGAUUGGUCAGUCGCUGCAAACCAGGUAGUGAAAACACGAAGUAACACGAGCUAGUUGUGGGUGAUAACGUUACUUCAGAAGCAUUCAUCGGCGUCCCGUCUCCAUUCGGUAGACGUGUCCACCAUGGAGCCCAUUCUGUUUCCUCGUGAGUCUGGGCAGUUCGUAGCCGGGCGGAGUCGAGAUGUGUUCGUCGAAGAGGAAGGCGUGCAGAAGGUGGCAGAGAUGCUGUACCACCUCCGACACAGUGAGGACCUGACCGCCAGUGGCUGGAAGAAGGCGAAUCCGUUGGCUCCGGCUCCCACGUCUGACCAGGCUCUGAACUGGGUGUUUGUUGUUGACACCAUGAACUUCUCCUUUUGGCCCGAGAAAGAAAGUCAACAGUGUGAGGUGACCUAUAAAGGGACCACGUACACGGGCUACUUGACCCUGUGUGCUGCCAUCACCAGGGCCAUGGAGGAAGGUGUACCCAUCACUGAUCCAAAGUACUUCUCCCAGAUGAGCGUGGAGGAGUUGGGACACGUCCUCCGAUCCGAUAACGGAACCCCCAUGCCCAUGCUCCAGGAGCGCCACCAGGUGCUCAUUGAGGGCGGUCGCGUGCUGCAGGAACAUGGCGGAAGCUUCCGGAGUUUUAUCAGCGAGGCCGGUAAUGACGCCCGUAAGAUGGUGGAACUCAUCGUGAAGAAGAUCCCUUCCUACAAGGACGAAGCUACUUAUGAGGGGAGGAGAAUCUCAUUCUACAAGCGGGCGCAGAUCCUGGUGGCAGAUUUCUGGGGCGUGAUGGAGGCCAGAGGAGAGGGGGACAUCAUCGACAUGGACUGGCUCACCAUGUUUGCAGACUACAGGGUCCCUCAGGUGCUCGUCUACUUCGGAGCACUACGAUACUCUGACGCGCUGAUGCACACACUGAACCGCGGUGAGGCGCUAAGGUCAGGAGACAGGAGAGAGGUCGAGAUCCGAGGAUGUUCCAUUUGGUCUGUGGAGCGGAUCAAAGAUCGUCUUUGCAGGCUGGUGCACGAGAGGGACAGAGAGACCUGCAGCAUCAACCCUGCAGUCAUUGACUUCUACCUGUGGCCAUAUGCCAAGAAGCACCACAAAGAGAUGGCCCACAUUCCAAUACACCACACACGUUGUAUUUACUAUUGACGAGCCGGCUGGCACCAUUGCGUACAGUGCAGUGCUUGGCAUCGGUGCCUUUUCCUAAGGAUGAAGCCAAUCACGUCUCUGUGCCAGAUAUAUGUGCAAAUUGGCUUCUCUUCAGCUGUAAUAGAAACAGGUGUAGCGCUUUAAUUUUACCCGUUGAUUUAAUUGUGUAGUAACACAGUUGUCCAUUAGCGGUCAAUUCAAAUGUUUAUGCAGAACAUUUUCAUCACACUUCUUGCUGUAAGAGUGAUGAUAUACUGUAUGUGAGAAUACACAAUGGACAAAUUGGUGUAUUUGCACCGGCUUAAUCUCUGUGAGGUCAGCAGUGAAAAUAAAAUAUUUUCUUUAGA